AUAACAGAAGCAAAAUACAGUGAUCGUCCCCUCGAAUCUCUUUCCUUGCAUUCUGUCACGGACAUGGCGCCGCCUCUCUCUCCGUCUUCCUCGCUUUCCAUUUUUGUUUUUCUCUCUAAACAAAGUAACAGAAACAAUCCCUAGUCAGACACACGAACUCUGAUUUUUCUUCCUUUUUCUGAGCGAUCUGGAUUCUGGAAACCGAAUCGACGUUGUUUUGCGAAUGCCGGAAAACCUACUUAGCUUCAAAGGCUUGAGGGUUUGGGUUGCCUACUAGAGUAGAUGUAAAUGAGGCUUUUCCAUCGAAGGUCGAGGAUGUUCAUCCUCUCUCUUCUUCUUGUCUCCUUAUUCUUCCCUAUCUUCUUCCUCUCCAGCAGGCUUAAACACUUGCAUUCCCUACGUGUGAGGGGGGAAUUUUACAGAGAUUUAUCCAUCAUUAAACAUUGGAGUAAAGCUCAAAUCCUCAGGGCAAUAGAGGAGGAAAAACGAAAAGUUUUCAAAGAAACUCCCCCUGGUUUAUACAAAGAUGAAGUGUUUAGGUCCAGUGAUUUUGAGGAGAGCAAUAGAUCAAUUGAGUCUGGAAACGAAGAUGAUGCUAGCUUGGGAGAAAGAAACAUGCAUGAUGAUGUGGAGAAAGAGAAACAACACGGUCAGCUGGAGGCAUUAGCAUCAGAGUCCAAUAAAAAAAAACUGUCUGAGCCAAAAAGUGGUCAACGCAAUAGAAGUAGGUUUCUACCCCAAAGGUUAACAGAAGAGAAGGUGAAAGAGAUGAAGGAUCAGAUAAUUAGAGCAAAAUCAUAUCUGAAUUUUGUACCACCAGGUAGCAAUUCUCAUUUCGCGAAAGAGAUGAAGAUGCGAAUUAGAGAGCUGGAGAGAACUGUGUUUAGAGUUACAAAGGGUUCUGAUUUGUCUCGGAGAGACGUGCAGAGGAUGAAAGCAAUGAAGUCUACCCUAUCAACAGCUCACCGAAGGUACCCUGACUGCACAGCAAUGGUGAAAAAACUUCGUGCUAUGACAUAUAAUGCUGAAGAGCAGCUCCGAUCACAUAAGACGCAAGCUGCAUUUCUCACACAGCUAACUGGACGAAUCACCCCUAAAGGCCUACACUGCCUUUCCAUGCAGUUGACUGAUGAAUAUUUUGCCUUGCAACGUGAAGAGCGGGAACUCCCUAACCAACAUAAGUUGCACAAUCCAGAUCUGUAUCACUUUGCUGUCUUCUCUGAUAAUAUUUUGGCAUGUUCUGUGGUUGUCAACUCAACCAUAUCAACGGCUAAGGAUCCUGAGAGAAUUGUCUUUCAUAUAGUGACAGAUUCUCUUAACCUUCCUGCAAUGUCAAUGUGGUUUUUAUUGAAUACUCCUGGCAAAGCUACACUUCAGAUCCAGAGCAUAGAUGAUUUUGAAUGGUUGUCCACCAAAUACAAUGUCACUUUGCAUAAGCAAGAUUCUCUUGAUCCAAGAUAUACUGUUGCAUUGAAUCACCUGCGGUUUUAUCUGCCAGACGUAUUCCCUUUCCUCGACAAGAUUUUGCUUCUUGACCACGACGUAGUUGUGCAAAGGGAUCUGACAGCACUUUGGGGAACCGACAUGAAUGGUAAAGUGAAUGCCGCUGUUCAGACAUGUGAGCCAGGUGAACCUUCAUUUCGUCGGAUGAGUAUGUUGAUAAACUUCACAGACCCGGUGAUGGCAGAGAAAUUUGAUGACGGAACAUGCACCUGGGCAUUUGGAAUGAAUUUGUUUAAUCUGCAAGAAUGGAGGAGGCAAAAUCUAACUGGUGUCUAUCACAACUACUUGGAUCUGGGAAGUAAGAGAUCAUUAUUUAAAGCUGGUAGUUUGGCAAUUGGGUGGAUAACCUUCUACAAAAACACAGUGGGUGUAGACAGAAGAUGGCAUUUGAGUGGUUUAGGUUAUGAGUCUGAUGUUAGGGUAGAGGAUAUUGAGGAGGCAGCAGUGAUACAUUAUGAUGGAAUUAUGAAGCCAUGGGUGGAUAUUGGGGUUGGCAAGUAUAAGUCUUAUUGGAAGAAAUAUUUGAACAUUGACAAGCCUUAUCUGCAGCACUGCAACAUAAAUGGUUAGUUAAUUAGAUAUAUAUAUAUAUGGAAGCUGAUUUAUUGUGUCCAUUUCACUACUUAAUAAAUCUUUCAAAAAAAAUGUAUUGCUACAAUUCUGUGUGCAUUAUUUUAUGGACCAU